UCCUAUUUUGGCGGGUGAAACUAUUUUUAUCAGUAUAAUAACUAGAAAAUUGACUUUUAUUUUCCAAAAUUAGAAAAACUAUAAAAUGGAUGUUAUAGAAUCAAUAAAAAGGGAUAAAGCUUAUCUAAAAUGUAAACAAAUUGUGAAAAGUUGGGAAAACGAUUUCAAAAAUAAACACUCCAGAACACCAUCUAAGUUUGAUAUCAAAGAAGCACCAUCAAAAAUUAAAUACGCCUAUAAGAAAUAUUUUCAUCUUAAAAGUGCUGCACUAGAAAGUUCGUUAUCAAUCUGUGACUUAGAAGAAGAUUGUAUUGGUUCUCCCGAACCCGCACAAAAUUUUGAAAUCCCUUUCGAUAUUGCACAAACUCCAGGAGAGGAAAUAGCAAUACCGGAACUGCCAAGUGCUAGCCAGCUGGAUAAGUUACUUUCUGCUUCUAAAUCUCAGAAGAAAGUAGAAUCUGCCAGUCCUUUCACUGAAAAUUUAUCGAAAAAGCUGUUUCAUAACCGAAAGUUUUCUAUUCGGAACCCUAGAAAAUUAACAGUUAAUAAAGAAAAAUCUUUUUCUAAUAAUAGUCUAGUUGUAUCAAAGAACAAUAUAGACAGUGAUUUUUCCUCACAAAUAGAUAAUGAUAAUAGCACAAUAAUUUCUGCUAAGCUAGAUGCUGAUAUUUUAUUUAAGCAUAAUGAUGACAAACACAUAAAUUUGUGUGAUCGUGAUUUAUGUGGUAAAAGUUUGGAUAGUGAUGACAGUAAACUAUUACCUGUGAAACCUUAUUUUUCAAGUAAUUCAAAAUUUGAUGACCUAUCUAAUACACCUACAAGACACAUAGAUUCAAAAUGGAUUGAGCGGGCUACAGGUAGUGUUAACGAAAGUGUCUGUAUUGAUAACAAAAUUGAUAAUGCAACACAAUCAUUUGGAUUAGGUAAUGUAACUUUACUGAAAACUGUCGAAAAAAUAGAGGAUUUUGUAGAAAACAGUGAUUCAGAAGAUGAUAUUGUAUUAAGUAAGUUAAAACCUGCUUUAAAAAAACGCAAGGUGGACAAACCUAUUGGUGCAAGUGAUGACAGACAUUUAGGUACAGAUACAAUUAGUAAGGACAUACAAAUAAGCAAGGGAAAAGGUUCUAAAAAAUCAAAAGUAAGCCCUAAACAAAAACCAAAACAGUCCAAGAAAUCCAAAGAAAUAAAAGAUGAUAUUUCCAAUUAUGCACCUCCUGAUAUAACAGAAUUUAUACCUUUUGGUCUAAAAGAAAAUGUAACUCCACGGCAUGAAAACAUUGCAGAUAUAUUGAAAACUGUAAAAACAUUGACCACAAACACAGAACAGCUAUCAUGUGAUAAGGAAUAUAGUAGAUUAGAAGAUAAAAUCAAGAAUGGUACACUAAAUGAAAAUUUUGUCAAAAUAAACAUUGAGAAAAAAGUUUUUGUAAGGGGAAAGAAAAAUUUGAAUUAUUCAAAAUAUAAAAAGAAAUUGUGGAAAGAUAAAAAAGCACUUCAUGGUGGGAUGGAAUUUCCAGAGGGUGGAAAAAUUACUUGCUUUAAAUGUAGUUCUGAUGGACACAUGGCAAGGUAUUGUACUGCUCAAAAAGAAAAUGCACUUCUUCCUUUAGAUAAUUAUCAGGAAAAUACACUACCAACCCUGGAAGAUAUGCAAGCAAUUGUUAACAAAGAAACAGAUAAUACUCUUACUGUUGAACAACUCCAAGUAGUUGUGCAUCAAACAAGCAAGGUGCCAGACAAUGUUUUGAAGCUAUUAGCUGAGGCUCCAAGCAGUGACAAUAUAAAACCAAUAUAUGACCUAGCUCAUCAAGAUAACUCCGAGUUGUAUGAAGCUCUCAGUAAAUUUAAUCACACUGCAUUCCGUCCAGGUCAAGAACAUGCAAUUAAAAGGAUUUUGUGUGGCAUGUCUACAUUGCUUAUACUGUCCACAGGAGGUGGUAAAUCUUUGUGUUAUCAGCUGCCUGCUUAUAUUUAUAGUCAACAUUAUAAAUGUGUAACAUUAGUUAUAUCACCCCUUGUUUCCUUGAUGGAAGACCAAGUUUUAAAUAUGCCAGAGUUUCUUAAAGCUGGAUGCCUACAUACUAAUCAACAACCUACACAGAGGCGCAAGAUUAUAGAAUGUUUAAAGAAUGGAGAAAUUAAUAUUCUUUUGAUUUCACCAGAGGCUUUGAUUGCUGGUGACACAUCAAAUGGAUUUACUGGGUUGUUUAAGUCACUUCCCCCAAUUGCAUUUGCUUGUAUUGAUGAAGCACACUGUGUUUCACAAUGGAGUCAUAACUUCAGACCUAGUUAUCUAAUGAUCUGUAGAGUAUUAAGAGAAAAAUUAAAUGUUAAAUGUAUCCUUGGUCUUACUGCUACGGCAAGUCAACCUGCUAUUAAAAGUAUAAUAGACCAUAUUAAUGUGCCCGAUGGCUUAAAUGGAGUUCUUACUAAUCCAACUUUACCAGACAACCUAUACUUAUCAAUGUCUUUUGAAAAAGACAAGGACAAAGCUUUAGUAUCUUUACUUACUACAGAAAAAAUAAGCAUGUUUAACUCUAUAAUAGUGUAUUGUAUCAGAAGAAAUGAAUGUGAAAGAGUUGCAGCAAUAGUGAGGUCAUGUCUAUCCCAACCAGGAAAAGUGAGUAUGGAGAAACAAAACAACAAGCGCAAGAGAAUGUCAUAUAUUGCGGAAGCUUAUCAUGCUGGUAUGUCUGCUGCUCAAAGGAAAAAAAUUCAAAAACAUUUUAUGGAUGGAACCCUCAAAAUAAUAGUAGCGACAGUUGCAUUUGGUAUGGGUAUAAACAAAUCAGAUAUAAGAUGUAUAAUACAUUACAACAUGCCACCUAGUUUUGAAUCAUAUGUGCAAGAGGUUGGAAGAGCUGGUAGGGAUGGGCAUCCUGCAUUUUGCCAUGUUUUCCUAAACAAUAGCAGCUGUGACAAAGAUGAACUGCUCAAACACAUCUAUGCUAACUCUAUUGAUAGACCUGUGAUAAGAAAGCUUAUACAAAAGGUAUUCAUACCAUGUAAAUGCAAAUCUGAUAAAGUUGCUGAAAAAAAUAGAUGUAAUGGUCAUGAGGUGGGAAUUCCUAUUGACGAAACAGUGGAAGAAUUAGAUUUACCAUCUGAAAAUAUUGCAACCUUACUUUGUUAUGUUGAACUUCACCACAAGCAUUACAUCAAAGUACUUAAUAAUGCAUAUGUGACAUGUAAAAUUUCAUCUUAUGGUGGACCACAAAAGUUACAUGAGGCUGCUAAAUCUUGUCCUCCUCUUGCAAUGGCAUAUCUGAUAGAGGGUAAGAGAAAUCCCGAUGUUAUGAAAAAUAGUUUAUUAGAAUUUAAUAUUAUUGAAGUUGCAGCUGCUGUAGGUUGGGACAGUGGGAUGGCUAAAUAUCAUUUAAAAAAUUUAGAAUGGACAUCAACUGGUGGAGUGCCCCAAAGAUCACAUUUAAAAGUUGAGUUUAACACACUUGGAUUUAGGAUUAAAGCACCUGGAGAUUUGUCUGCAGCAGAACUUGACUCGAUGUUAGAUGACCUGCAUGCUAAUGUUAUUUUACAAGAGAAGGUUAUGUUAUACCAAUUAGAAGAAAUAACCAAGUCUUUUACAAAACUUUGCAAAAAACCUUGCGACUACAUUGACUUCUCAGAAGAGAAUGUGAAACAAGAAUCUGAUGAGUUAAAAAAUGUAAUAAACAGCUAUUUUCAAAGAGAAAGUUACUUCCCUGAAAAUGUUGCUAUACAAGAAAGGCCAUUGGAUGUUGAAAGAGUUACUGCAGAUGUAAGAGCUCUGAUCGUUAUGUAUAAGGAUUGUAAGUUUACAGGACGCAGUGUUGCCAGAAUAUUUCAGGGAAUCUCGUCACCAAAUUAUCCAGCAUUAGUUUGGGGCAAAUGUAGGUUUUGGAGAUCUCAUUUGAAUGAAGAUUUUUAUGGCAUAGUAAAAAUUGCUACACAGCAAAUUAUACAAAUGAAAUAAUUUUGUACUUAAAUCAAUUGUUAUAUAUUACUUAUAAU